AUGUGGUCUCCAGCAGUUCUGAAUUUACUUUACCGUGGACAAGCUCAAGAUGCUGUACUGACCAUUGAGCCAAACUGGACCACUUUCUUUACCGGAGAGUCUGUUACCUUCAAGUGUGACAUUACAGGAAACAAAGACAGCGACUGGGUUUACUCAAUCUACUGGAAUGAUGAAGAAUGGCUUCCUAACAACAAACAUGAGAGCUAUGAAUUAUAUUCUCUAACUCCAGGCUACAAUGGUGCAUACCACUGUUUUUUUUAUCAGAAGGGCUCAACAAAGAAAAGCAAUACAAUCUAUCUAAAUGUAUCAGACAGACCUAAGGCUGUCCUCACUGUGUCUCCAUCAUGGCCGAGUCCUGGAGCCUCAGUAACUCUGGACUGCAGCGUUGAUCAUCCUUCUGCUGGCUGGAGCUUCUACUGGUAUAAGGCUGUUCCCAAACCGUCACACAACUCCUACAAGUCCUACAAGUCCUACGACUAUGAGCUGCUACCUGGCAGCAAGAAUGGGACUGAACAGCAUCUCUUCAUCAUUGAUGGACAAACACACACAGCAGGAUAUGUGUGCAGAGCAGGAAGAGGAGAUCCAGUGUAUUACAGUGGGCGGAGUCAACCUAAGUUUGUCUGGUCUGGAGAUUUGAAUUCAGCAGCGUCUCUCACAGUGAGUCCUGACAGUGUGCAGCACUUCAGCAAAACGUCUGUGUUACUGAGCUGUGAGGGAAUCUCCACUGAGUGGAGAGUGAUGAGGUUUACGAAACCUGACUACCUUUAUCCCUGUUCUUCCUGGGGGACAAUGACUGGAUCCACAUGCACAAUAACCAGCAGCUGGGUUAGUGGAGUGUUCUGGUGUGAGUCUGAAACAGGACAGUUCAGUAAUGCAGUCAACAUCACUAAAGAUUACUAUGAAAUGAUCCUGGUGAGUCCUGUCCGUCCUGUGGCUGAGGGACGUUCUGUCACUCUUAGCUGCAAGUUCAAGACAGGAACGCUUCUUUAUAAUGUGGAUUUCUAUAAAGAUGACAAACUCAUCCAGAACGAUACCAGGAAGGAGCUGACCAUCUCUGCAGUGUCAAAGUCAGACGAAGGCUUUUAUCAAUGUAAACGGAGAGAUCCAGCAGAUGGUUGGACGUCACCAAAGAGUUGGUUCUCAGUCAAAUUAGCAGCGUCCGGGCCUGGAAAAGCCUCUCAAUUUCCCAUUCUUCUGAUCGUUGGGCUGCUUGGUGGAGUUGUACUGAUUAUUCUCCUGCUGCUGUUCCUGUAUUUAUACAGAAAGUCAAAAGAUUCAUGCUGUAUCAGAUCUCAGAGGACCAAUCAGGGCCCUGCUACAGACCACAUGAUCAACCAGGAUGAAAUUCAAAACAUGCCACAAUAUUCUACUCUCCUCCAUGGUGAUCGUUGUCUCUAUGAAACAAUAGGAGGGCCUGUAGAAGCUGGAAAUGGUGCCAGUAAUGAACCAGAAGAGAGCCUUUACUCAAAUGUGGCAGCAGGUAAUUUCCUGAUUGCUCUUCAUAUGCUGCAGUUUCAGUCUUUCUAUUUGCACAAAGUAGAAGAAUUUCUCAGAAGCAGAUUAUCAGUGCUGGAUGUGAAGAUGGGACACACUUUGCUCUGUCUACGGGGUUUUUUCUUUCUGAAUUUACUUUACCGUGGACAAGCUCAAGAUGCUGUACUGACCAUUGAGCCAAACUGGACCACUUUCUUUACCGGAGAGUCUGUUACCUUCAAGUGUGACAUUACAGGAGACAAAGGCAGCGACUGGGUUUACUCAAUCUGCUGGAAUGAUCAAGAAAGGAUUCCUUACGACAAACAUGAGAGCUAUGAAUUAUAUUCUCUAACUCCAGGCUACAAUGGUGCAUACCACUGUUUUUUUUAUCAGAAGGGCUCAACAAAGAAAAGCAAUACAAUCUAUCUAAAUGUAUCAGACAGACCUAAGGCUGUCCUCACUGUGUCUCCAUCAUGGCCGAGUCCUGGAGCCUCAGUAACUCUGGACUGCAGCGUUGAUCAUCCUUCUGCUGGCUGGAGCUUCUACUGGUAUAAGGCUGUUCCCAAACCGUCACACAACUCCUACAACUCCUACGACUCCUACGACUCCUACGACUCCUACAACUCCUACGACUAUGAGCUGCUACCUGGCAGCGAGAAUGGGACUGAACAGCAUCUCUUCAUCAUUGAUGGACAAACACACACAGCAGGAUAUGUGUGCAGAGCAGGAAGAGGAGAUCCAGUGUAUUACAGUGGGCGGAGUCAACCUAAGUUUGUCUGGUCUGGAGAUUUGAAUUCAGCAGCGUCUCUCACAGUGAGUCCUGACAGUGUGCAGCACUUCAGCAAAACGUCUGUGUCACUGAGCUGUGAGGGAAACUCCACUGAGUGGAGAGUGAGGAGGUUUAAUAAACCUGACUACCUUUAUCCCUGUUCUUCCUGGGGGACAAUGACUGGAUCCACAUGCACAAUAACCAGCAGCUGGGUUAGUGGAGUGUUCUGGUGUGAGUCUGAAACAGGACAGUUCAGUAAUGCAGUCAACAUCACUAAAUAUUACUAUGAAAUGAUCCUGGUGAGUCCUGUCCGUCCUGUGGCUGAGGGACGUUCUGUCACUCUUAGCUGCAAGUUCAAGACAGGAACGGUUCUUUAUAAUGUGGAUUUCUAUAAAGAUGACAAACUCAUCCAGAACGAUACCAGGAAGGAGCUGACCAUCUCUGCAGUGUCAAAGUCAGACGAAGGCUUUUAUCAAUGUAAACGGAGAGAUCCAGCAGAUGGUUGGACGUCACCAAAGAGUUGGUUCUCAGUCAAAUUAGCAGCGUCCGGGCCUGGAAAAGCCUCUCAAUUUCCCAUUCUUCUGAUCGUUGGGCUGCUUGGUGGAGUUGUACUGAUUAUUCUCCUGCUGCUGUUCCUGUAUUUAUACAGAAAGUCAAAAGAUUCAUGCUGUAUCAGAUCUCAGAGGACCAAUCAGAGCCCUGCUGGAGACCACAUGAUCAACCAGGACGAAACUAACGAAAGAGAAAAUGCUUCUGUUUUUCAGGAUUUCUCUUCAGAUAAUGUCUGUCUCUAUGAAACGAUCAAAGGCACUGAAGAACCUGCAAAUGAUGAAUCCAGGGAUGUGACAUAUUCUGUGGUCGAGCUCAAAAACAUUUCUAAGAAGGGGAAGAGAAAUGAACCGGAGGAUUGUGUUUACUCACAUGUGCAGAUGAGAUCAGCUGCAGGGAAGUCAAGUCCUGCAGCAGCGGAUGAAACUGUUUAUUCUGAACUCAAACCAGGAACAGCUCUUGGUAAAAUUGCAGCGUAACAUCAUAUCAAACAAUGCCUUCUGUAAGGACAAGACGAAUGGAAACAACAAACCAAAACGAAACCUUUGUUUAUUAAACCUUAUUUGCAGCUUUGCUCUCCAUUUAUCAGCGAGUAUUUUGUACAGUUCAUGUAAUAGCGGAAAAUGUGAAAUAAAUGCAUCGUAAGGCUUUAAUCUAUGUUUAUUUUUAAAAAGUAAGCUUUGUUUUGCAUCAAUCAA